UUCUCAAUAGUCAAUACUGGAGGUGUAAACUGGAAUGUCACAGUCACAUCUGCUUAUCCGGCUCCAAACCGAUCGGUGUUAUGUCAUUGGGAGUAAUAUGGGUACACUUGAUUGGUCUUGAAUCUGUUUCUUCAAUGUGACUGUGUCAUCAAUAACAUGCAUGUUAGACAUUUUCGAUUUUAAGUUCAGCGAUGUUCUGCCUGUAAAUCAUGGUAAUUUGUGGUGUACGUUUGGAUAGGCUGGAAGCGUGUUGCGAAUAUUCACAUUCACCUGUAAACUGCGCAGGAUAAGCACUGUUAUUAAGUCUUGCAUGACAAUUACUAUUUAAGCGCCAAGAGUAUUUUCCCGCCAUGGACUUGAUGGAGAAGCUCACUAACUGUCGAUCUAAGCGAGAGAAUGCCCGGUAUCGUGUGUUCUGCUUCCCCUGGGCUGGUGGGGGAUCUGGAUUCUACUCCAGUUGGUAUCAGCAUCUACCCGAACAUAUCGAAGUUCAUGGUAUACGUUUGCCUGGUAGGGAAUCACGAUUUCAAGAACCACUCUACAGAAAUCUGGACAAGAUGGUCAAAGAUAUUGCUACCACUCUCUUACCGAAGCUGAGGACAAAACCGUUCGUUUUCUUUGGGCACAGUUUCGGCGCUCUUGUCUGUUAUGAAGUCACUCGCUACCUUGUAAAGAAUCACAACUUACAACCCAACCAUCUUAUUGUCUCCGGUACAUUCGGCCCCCACUCAGAAUUACGCGCCCAACAUCGGAUCGGGUGGACCCGCAUGACCGAUAAGCAAUUCGUUGCUAAGUUACGAGAACUUGGAGGGACACCCCCGGAUGUUCUUGAAAACCAGGGGCUGAUGAAAAUAUUCCUUCCCAGUUUAAGGGCUGACCUUGAAAUUGCUGAACAGUACGACGAACCCGCCCCUGCCGAGCCGUUCAUUUCUUGCCCACUAACCUGCUUUAAUGGGAAAGACGAUCGUGGACAUCCCCCAGAAGGUUGGGCUGAGGCGACAAGCAGUAAAGAAUUUCACACGGAACUACUUUCAGGCGGACAUUUCUUUCUCCUAGAUGAGCCCAACAAACGGAGGAUAUGUGAAUACAUAGCAGGCAUUCUACCAAAUAUGUAGCAAUUCAAUUCAAUUCAAAUAAACAUUUAUUUUCCUCCAUUUUACAAAAUUACUUCAUUAUUGUUCACAAGAAUACACUUCAAAUCAAUUUCUAUAAAGAACAUAAAUAUAAACAACUUAUGUGUAAAGAGGAAGGCGUAUGUCCCUAGAAGCACAUGCUUGUGGCGGGAUACGCCUGUGGACAAAUAUCUACAAUACACAAAAUACAAUACAAAGAUAAGAAGGGCUAGGAAAGGAGAAGAGAAGUAUAGAAAAGAAAACGGGAAGAAAACGAGAGAGGGAGAAGUGAGCAGGAAGGCGGGCAUGAGCAUAGGCCUAUGUCUGAUAUUAGGCAUAAAAUAAGCGUAUGUAUUAUAUUAUAUUAUGUGUUUGUGCCCCUGAAAAUGUAAAAUUGUAAUUCUCAACUGCUUGUCAGCGUUUUUAUGGUUUCUAAUUUAACUUGUUUUUUUUAAGUUAAGUUUCUUCUUUUUAAUUGGAACCUUUGUGAUAUCAAGUCUUGAAUGGAUUGGUCAGAAUGUGUUGGUGAAUAUUAUGUCCAAAUUAUUGAUUUAGAAUCUACAAAAUUUUGGUUGAUUUUUGUCAUUAUUUUGGUCGGUCCCAUUUCACGUACAGAUUAGUUAUUUGACCAACUAAUCGGCUACUGCCAAAUAAUUGUGUUCUUUAGCCUAUAGGCCUUUAAUAUGAAAUGCAUUGAGACAAAUUAGGGUAAACCUGUGAAAAAUAAAACAAUAAAAACUGAUCGGGAACUUAUUACUCAGAUACCUUUAUAAAUUGAAGAUGACCAUCUCAACUGACUACAGCCUUAACAUAACAAGAGCAUCAGCAGCAGCAAUGUCAAUAAGAACUAUAACUAUUGCAUUCUUAAUCGUCAUCGCGUUGCAAUUCCAUGUUUAAAAAUAGGGAUAUUGAUUGGAAUCAUGAAAUUUAAUGUCAAGUGAUUACGUCCCACCUUUUCUUGUUUAAUCAUAAAAAACAAGCCCUAUAUACACCUACAUUGAACAGACUUAGAUAAGGAUAAUCUAAACCCAUGUUAUGAACGUGGGCUGUGGAACGGGGUUGAAAGUGAUGUGUGGACUAAGUAUAGAGCUAUUAACAGCUCGAUGGACUAAGUAAGAAAUUAGGGCUACCAUGC